AUGUUUACUUUGUCAAGAAUUACUAAUUUCUGCAUGCAUGCAUACCACCCUCUCUUUUUCUUCCUUCCAACCUUACUAAGUAUCAGAGAAGCACCAAGAAAGACACACACCCUCCCCACCUUGGAUCCUGAGAAGAGAACUUUUCACCCUCUCUACUCUGGAUCCUGGGAAGGAAACCCUUUCUUCCCUUUUUUUUCUUACGACCUCGACCCUUCUGGGAUACUGGCUCCUACUUUCUACAUAUUCUUCGCUUCUGCUCUUCCUGUUAUUGCUUUUGGAGAGCAACUUAACAGGGAUACAGGUGGAAGCUUGAGCACAGUGGAAACAUUGGCAUCAACUGCUAUUUGUGGAAUUAUCCAUUCAAUAUUUGGUGGUCAGCCUUUGUUGAUUUUGGGAGUUGCUGAACCAACGGUUAUAAUGUACACUAUUCUUUAUCAGUUCUGCUCAAAAACGCCAGACCUAGGACCUAAGAUGUUUCUGCCUUGGGCUGGCUGGGUUUGUAUGUGGACAUCAUUCUUGCUGAUUAUGCUUGCAAUUUUCAACGCGUGCACAGUUAUCUCUAGGUUCACAAGAGUUGCAGAGGAAUUAUUUGGCAUGUUGAUUACUGUCCUUUUCUUCCAAGAGGCUAUAAAGAAUGUUAAUUUUGCACUUCAAGAUCCAACCAAAAAUUCAUUUGAUCCUCAGGGAAUCUUAGGUGAGUUCGGCACACCCAAAGAUGAAAAUCCUUCGUUAGAAGAAUAUCAAUUCCAGUGGCGGUAUACAAAUGGACUGCUUGCAGUCAUUUUCUCUUUUGGAAUAAUCCUCACUGCCAUGAUGAGCAGAAGAGCAAGAGCAUGGAGAUAUGGAUCAGGCAAGUGA